UUUUUUGGGUUGGUACAGGGGAGGGCUUUAGUUCGCGAUUUGCGAGUGAUCGGGCACACGCGAACAAAGAAGCAGAGCACCCUCUCACGCUUCUCGUGUAUUCGUAUCGCAUCUCUACGUACUUGAUUAUCACCACUUUACUUGCUCCCGUGAUUCUCCCCUCUCCUCUCCUCUCACGCCUGGUCUCCCCUUAUUUGUGAGUAGCUAUUUUAUCUGCUUCUCUCCUCUCACCUCUGGUCUCCCCUUAUUUGUGAGUAGCUGUUUUAUUUGGUUUAGAGAGAGCCAAGGCGAUCGCUGUCUCUCUGUCUUUUUGGUUUUCAUUGCUGUUCUACUGUGGCGGAGAUGACAUCUGGUUCGCGGCUGCCCACAUGGAAGGAGCGAGAGAACAACAAGAGAAGGGAGCGGCGAAGGAGGGCCAUAGCUGCUAAGAUCUACCAGGGCCUGCGCAUGUACGGCAACUAUAAGCUCCCCAAGCACUGUGACAACAAUGAAGUGCUCAAAGCCCUCGCUGCCGAGGCCGGCUGGACCGUCGAGGAAGACGGCACAACCUAUCGCAAGGGAUGUUUGCCGGCGGAGCGGAUGGAAAUAGGCGGCGCCGCUUCGGCGUCGAUGAGCCCGUGCAGCUCGUACCACCCAAGCCCCGGUGCGUCCUACCAUACUUCUCCGGCCUCCUCCUCUUUCCCCAGUCCGGCGCCCUCUUAUCACGCCAGUCCUGCUUCCUCUUCAUUUCCCAGUCCAGGUCCCUCCUACGCAGAUGCAGCUGGCUGUGGCGGAAGCUACCUCAUCCCAUGGCUCAAAAACCUCAAUAACCCUAACGCAAAUGGCAGCGCUGUUAUCUCCAAUGCUCAGCGAGGCUUGCCGCCGCUCCGCCUGGGUGGCUCCAGCAGCGCACCUGUGACACCUCCGCUCAGCUCCCCCACUGCCCGUGGCUCGCGCGUUAAGCCAGACUGGGACUCUUUCGUCAAAAGUUCCUCAUCCUCUGUCGCCGCAGGGACUGGCAGUUGCGACCAAGUAAUGGCGACCGAAGGGGCUUUCUCCAUAAGCGGCUGGUCGUCACAGUACCCUUUCAUGGCGGCCUCUGCUCCGGCCAGCCCUGUCCGACGCCAUCUCGUUGUGCCUGAAGCUCUCGACCUGACUGCCAGUAAAGGUCGCUGGGUAGGCGGCGUCCGCGUCCCCGCAGCCGCCAUGGGACCGUCUUCUCCGACCUUCAGCCUUCUCAGCCCCGCCGCACGCCUCGAACAUACCCUAGCUGGAGCGGAGCACCACCAAACUGUACCCGCCACCGCCGCUCCUUUCUUUGGACUCCGCCAGCAACAGCAGCCGGAAUCUUCUUCCUCUAGCCGGCUGUGGACCCCAGCUCAGAGCGGCAGGUCGUCGCCGUCCCAUCCCGGGGCCAUUCACGUGACCGAGGGCUUGGCUGGAUCGGGGUCAGGCUCCGAUGAUUUCCAGUUUGAGUGCGGUAAUGCCGUACCCGUUAAGCCGUGGGAGGGCGAACGGAUUCACGAAGAGUGCGGCGGAGAGAUUGCGUCUGAUGACCUCGAGUUGACGCUUGGUAACUCAAGACAGAGGUCAACCUGAUCACCAUAGUUGAG